CUCUGAUUGGCUGGCGCCUGUGGUUACGCUUGCAGGCUCGAAGGGUUUUUGACGAGGUGCAAAGGGAAAGCGCGAGGCGGAGGAGAGUGUAUUUGAGGACCUGAAUGUUCAUAGUUCAGAUUGGUGUUUGAAAUGGCCGAUACUGCUGAGAUAUUGCAGGAGUUGGACUCCAUUGAGAAUGAACUGAAGGCAGUGGAGCUACAGAUUAGUGAUCUUCAAGAACGUCAGAGGGAACUGAAUGCCAGCAAGGACAGCUUGCAGAAGAAGCUGAAACAGUGCAAAAAGGGUGCAGGGCCAAGCAAAAAGGAAGAGGUGGACUCACAAAGCUUCACUAAGCAAGAUUUCCCAUGGUCCAAGAAGGUUGAGAAAGCUCUCGGAAUGUUCAAACUGUCCGCAUUCCGGCCCCUGCAGCUCGAGACCAUCAACAUCACCAUGUCUGGGAGGGACGUGUUCCUGAUCAUGCCCACCGGAGGAGGGAAGAGUCUGUGCUACCAGCUGCCAGCGAGCUGCUCCGAGGGGUUUACCUUGGUAAUUGCUCCACUGGUUUCUUUGAUAGAGGACCAGCUUAUAGGUUUGGAGAAGUUUGGGAUUUCAGCAGCCACGAUUAAUACAUCUAGCUCAAAGGAACAUGUUAAAUCGGUUCAGAAUGCGAUGCUUGACAAGACGUCCGAUAUGAAACUGCUGUACGUCACCCCUGAGAAAAUUGCAAAAAGCAAAAUGUUCAUGUCCACCCUGGAAAAAGCUUACCAUGCUGGCCGGCUGACACGCAUUGCAGUGGAUGAGGUGCACUGCUGCAGCCAGUGGGGACAUGACUUCAGACCAGACUACAAGGUCCUUGGUAUCCUGAAACGGCAGUUCCCAAGCGUUCCUUUGAUCGGACUGACUGCGACUGCCACCAAGAGCGUGCUCAAGGACUGCGAGGAAAUCCUGUGCCUCAAAGAUACUAUUACGCUGUCUGCCUCAUUCAAUAGACCCAACCUUUAUUAUGAGGUACGUCUGAAACCGUCAAGCACUGAAGAUUUCACUGAAGACAUUGUGAAACUAAUCAAUAAGAGAUACAAAGAUCAGUCAGGUAUCAUUUACUGCUUUUCCCAGAAGGACUCUGAGUACGUCUCUGUAAAUCUGCAGAAAAUGGGAAUAAAGGCCAGGCCUUACCAUGCCAACAUGGAAGCUACUGAGAAGUCCAGUGUGCAUAAAGAGUGGACUGAGAACAAAAUCCAGGUUGUGGUGGCAACAGUAGCCUUUGGAAUGGGGAUUGAUAAGCCUAACGUGAGGUUUGUUAUUCAUCAUACAAUGAGCAAAUCUAUGGAGAAUUACUACCAGGAGAGCGGCCGUGCAGGUCGAGAUGACAGGAAUGCAGAUUGCAUUUUGUACUAUGGUUUUGUAGACAUCUUUAAAGUAAGUUCCAUGGUUGUAAUGGAGAAAGUAGGGCAAGAGAAGCUCUACCAAAUGGUGUCCUACUGCCAGGAUGCAAGCAGGUGUCGCCGUGUGCUGAUAGCAAAGCAUUUUGAUGAAGUGUGGGAUACAAAGCAUUGCAACAAGAUGUGUGAUCAAUGCCGUCAUAAUCCGUCCUCGGAGUCGGUGGACGUGGCAGACCACUGCAGGGACCUGCUUCAGAUCCUACAGCAGGCUCAGCAGAUGGAUGAGAAGCUGACUCCUCUGAAGACCAUCGAUUCCUGGAUGGGGAAGGGAGCUGCCAAGCACAGAGUCCUGGGCGUGCCUCCGUCCAGCCUCCCUAGACUGGAGAUGGAGAUGGUCAUCGCUCACCUGCUGGUGCAGCAGUAUCUCAGAGAGGAUUUUAGUUUUACUCCAUAUGCUACAAUUUCCUACAUCAAAUUGGGGCAGAAAGCUGAUCUGCUGAAGAACAAGAAGCACAAGAUUAUGAUGCAAAUGAAGAAGUUCACAAGCGUUGAUGCAGUAAAGUCCCCUAUGGAUUCCAAGUCUGCCCAUACAAGCGAACAAGGAGGAGGAGGAGGAGGAGGAGGUAAAAAUAGUGCAGGAAUAAAGAAGGAAGGGGGGCAGCGGAAGAGAUCUCUUCCUGACGACGCUGGAAAUCCAAGAAAAUCAAGAAAGUGAUUGAUUGAGUCUUCCAGGAGAACAAGAAAAGAUGAUAUAUUGCCACCGAUAUCUGAGGCUGAGAGCUCUCCUACAUUGCCUAUUGGGGACAACCCCUCUGUACAAAAGAGAAAAUCAACGAAGAAAACAAGAAACCUGCAGCGUGACAAGGCUGCACAGUGUAACCCAAGCCCCUUAGAAACCCAGGUUUCAGAAGAGGCACCGCAAAUCAGUGAUAACGAAACGGAACUCUGCGAUCGACCUGUUAAUGCAGCCAUAGAGGUUGACGUGCAAAUAGAUAAAAGAGAAAGAAAGCCACGCGGACAGUCCUUCAGCAUGCCCAGCUGGGGCUUCACCAGUUAGAGCGAAGCAGAAGGAAAACACACCCAAAGAGAAGAAGAGAAAGAACAGGCAGGACCCCGCUCAAGCUCCUGCAGGGGAACACAAGUGCCAACACAAAGCAAAUCUGGUGAGUGCUCCGUCUGAAAUAUUAAUUAUUUCUGCAGCUGCGGUUGAAGAACUGAGUCACCUGCACAGUUAUUACUCCAAACAGCUGCAAAGAAUCAAUUAUAUUUCCAAGGAAAACCUGCAAGACUCUGAUUACGAGGAUAAAGGCCCCCUCAGAAAUAUGAGACUCAAUUGUGGGCCUUCGUUAAUCAGGACUGUUAGGAGUCUGUGGAGACGGGCCAGUAUGCAACAAAAAUACUUCAUUAGGAAGUGACAGAAAGGUUACCAAAUAGUUUAGUCAACAUUUUCAGGCCUUGAUCUCUGUGUGUGUGUUUGCUCUUUAGGGUUUCAUUUUAGCAAUUCAAAAAACAAUUGUAAUUAUUAUUAAGAUCUACAAAAGCAUUCCUCAGCCGUCUUGCUCAACUGCUAAGCACUUCUUUCUGUGGCUUUGGAAUAUAAUAGGUUAAUACUGCCGGUAUUCCAAGAUGGGUAUUCCGCACAAUACCUGAAAUACAAAGCUGUACAAAUCGACUGGUAAGCAGAAUUUGGGAUUUUCACAAUUAUAAAUAAAAAUUAUAAAUCUUAGUGUAUCUGUUACAGUAUACACGGUUAAUUGACACUUACUGUAGUCUGCAAAGUAUACUUGUAUUUGAGUACCCUGUUGAUUGGCACUUAGCACAGACUAAUUUAAGACUCCCAUUGCAAAGCAGUUUGUGUCAUUCUUGUUGUCCCGUGAGCCUUAAUUAUAAAGGACCUGUACAGGAGGUGCAGUAUGUGGUGUUUCCUAAUUAGGCCAAUGUUAAAAACUUAGCCCAGAGUCUGCCUCCCUGCUUUAAAACAAAACUGUACACUUAUUUUGUUUUGCAUGAUGUGAUUAGAAGAAAAAUGAUUUGCUGUUCUGUUGGCCAGCUGGAGAUGAAAUGUGUACUGCAACUCAGAAUGCAUUCGCUGCUUUCUGCCUCAGGUAUCCAGUUGUAAUAUUUUCACUUUCUAGUAGCAAGGUUUUGAUUAUCCUUGACUUUUGUUAAAAUGUAUAGUUGACUGCACUAGCCACGUCAUAAUGAGCGUACGCUAACAUUAAGGUUUGUGUUUUUUUGAGUGUGAUUACACAGUGUGUCCACUGCUUUUAGCAAAUUUAUUUUGUAAUGUGGGCAUUUUAUUUUCAGAGCAUAGUCACCAGUAAUCAACACAUUUUGCUGGGUGACAGCUCACUGAUACAGAAGUGUGGUAAGCAUUUUAUUUUGUAUAAUUCACAUGCUUUAAAAAGAUGAAAAAAAAUGUAAUUAGUUCUGCAAUCACUACUGAACCUGUAAAGGUUGUAGGCUUUUAUUAAACACAUUGUACGCUACAAUAAAUUUUGGAAAUUAAAAAAAAUAAAUUAA